CUUUACUCUUCACACUCGCUUUCUUCCAUCAUCAUCAUCACUGUUAUCCAAACAACUUGGUCUCUCACCUCUCUACGUUCAUUCUACACGUUUUUCUUCUUCUUCUGAGAAGUUUCACUCGAUAUGGUCUCCAAGUCGUCUCUCAACCUUCUGAUGUUCUUGGCCGUCUUGCUUCUCGCGGUCAUGGUUCCCGCCAUGGAUGUCACCGAGGAUCUUGGUAAUGUCUAUGAUGAUGACCACCUUUUGGGCAUUCCUACGUUUGAUGAACCUCGUACCUUGGUCCCCCGCAAUGGAUUCGUGACUGUUACUGUCACGGAUACCGUGUGUGGCCCUCCGCCUGCGGGAGGAACCACUUCUCAAGGCUCGGGUACUAUUCCUGGUGCCCCGGGUACUUCUCCGGCCCCUACUGUUACCACCGCUUCUGAAACUACAGUUGUGACUGGCACUGGUCCUGCAGGCCCUAUCCCUACCGGUACUGGCCCUACUGGUACUAGCCCUACUGGCGCCAGUCCCACUGUGACUGACACGGUCAUCACUGGAACGACUACAUCGACUGAGACUCAAAGUUCUCCCAGCACUGAAACUGCCACCCCAUCGCCUUCCACUGCGUCUUCUAGCGUGCACAGUACCACUCGCUCGAUCAGCUCCCACUCUACUGGGCAGUCUGGUACCGCCACUGCCACUAUCAGUGGCAGUCAAACAGCCACCGCUGCUCCUACUCCGAAUGAAGCCACUUCACAGAGAGGAGCGAUUAACGCUUUGCUAGUUCUAGCAGUGACAUGCGCUGGCUUCCUUAUGAUAUGAGGGCCCAUUGGUUUGUAAUAUCGGGUGCCUACUCAUAACGUUCGUGUUUCCGUCGAGGUCUGGUGUUACAGGGUUGAUCGCUUUCAGAACCAUCUGGGAUGUCUAGUCAUGGCUCUCAUUAUCAAUUUUGUUGAGAUCGCGACAGAAGUGUUUUUGUUGUUUCAUAUUUGCUACGGGUUGCAUUAUUGACUACACUCUCUGCUCCCAUUAAUAGCGAGAGGAUCCAUGUUUGUUAACGGAGCGGCCGGGUCCCGCCUAAUCUAAUCAAAAUUCUUGCGAUUCUCAUA